AGAGACUUCACCAUUUGCACCACUUACACGAGGCAGAUAAAAUGCUACUUUACACAUGAUAUCUAUCGUCAGAUAAGUGUUAAAUUCAACAGUUUGUCGCUUUUUGUCAACGUGUUUUUGGAAGUUAUGACUCAAAUAGAUUAAUGUUCUGUGAGAUACUGUAGAUGUUAAUGUGGACAAAUUGUUUUGCAUGUGUAGAUCUAGGUCACGCAGUUCAACAAUGAUUUGCCACUAAGCAGUCGAAACAUUCAACAGAAAUGCGAUAUAAAGGAAUAACAACAAUGACCUGCAGCUAAGCAUAUUCAACUGUGUACGCCAUGUAUGUCAUAUUUUUAUGAAGGAAAUCCAUUAUGGUCAACGAUGAAUUGCAGGUCAUGGGCCCGAGGCAUUCGCCAAAAAAAGAAAGACAAUUUUGAUGUUAAUUGCUUGGGAAUUAAAUGAUAAUCAGAGAACUGCUCAAAAUGGUGGCUUGAAUAUAUUACGUUGAAAAAUUUGAAUUCCACUUGAUUGUUCAGAACUAAGCUUUAGGAAAAUUAUGUUGUUACUUGUAACUUAACUUCGUAAGCCAGUAAAAUAUUGUGCCGUAACCAUGAUACUGCUUUGAAAAACAUUUCAGUAAAAAAAUGAAGGUUGAAUGAACAUGGUAAUCGUUCUUAUUAUAUUUUUCCAUAAAUAGUUGGCUUUAAAGGAAACACAAUUUCUGCUUGAACUGUUUUGGAAAUAACAUUGGUGGAAAUGGAGCAGGGAAAAGAAGUAAUGACUUUAAUUUGUGGUUCAGAGGAGAUAGUCAUUGAAACAAAUGACUUGUAUUCAGAAGACAAUGAAAUGACGGAUACCAGUUCGUGUUCGUCUGACUCGGAAUAUGAAGAAAUAGAGGUUGAACCACCAUUUCAUGAUGAAAAACAAUACCAAAAAAUUGAGAUAGAACCAACUUUUGAUAUUGAAAAACAAAGUGAAGCAAUCUAUCUUCCAAACCCUUAUGUUAAAUUAGUUAGAUGUGACCAUCUUGUUAAAAGUGUGUUUCCUGAAAACAGAAUUGAACACAGAAAUUCAAGAUCUUCAGCAAGAAUGAGACGUCCGAACAGCACCUAUCUGACAGACGAGUUUCUCGUAGGAAAGUAUGCACAAAAAGCCCCUGACAAACAAUUAUCAUUUGUAAAGGUGAAAAAGAAAAAGAAACUUAAAAAUAUAAACAAAAAUAUUUUUGAAAAGGUGAAAAAGAAAAAGAAACUUAAAAAUAUCUACAAAAAUGAUAUUCACAAUCCUGGUCGCAGUAUGAUUCAAGUGGGCAUUACAAAUUUUGGAGCCGAUUUAGCUGAAAAUAUCAAACAGGAAUAUCCGAGUGGUUGCCAAGUUUAUGCGUAUGAUGUAUCAGAUAUGGAUAAAAUGAACCCAUGUUAUAGAUUUUUUUCAAGUGAUAUAGUGACUGAACCUUUAGUAUCUACUAUUAAGGAAGAACCUCCUGACGAUUAUUUUGAUGGUAUGAUAGGUAACAGUUUUAAUUGCACUUCUGACUGUGAAACAGUUAAACCAGUAAAACUAUCUAAAAUAAAUUUUGAUUCAAUCGUUAAAAAGGAAACAGAUGAAACAGAUUACGGUAGCAUGUCUUCUGAAUAUAGCCAUUUAAAUGACACUAAAAGUAUAAAUUACAACUCGGUUUUCAAUGGGGAAUUAAAUGAGACGGAUACAAAAAUAAUAAAAGUAGAAAAAACUGAAGAAUCAAGCGACAGUGAAGUUGAUAUUGAAAGAGAUUGGGAUGGGCCAGUGUUUAUUGUUGAUCCAGAGACUGUUGCCUUUGAUCAUCCAUACUCGUCACGGCCGGAGAAUACUGAUGCGCCACCAGUAAUAGUUAUUUACCCACAUAACUCCAAGAAAACAGAUACUAAUCCUUCUCAGUCUCAAAUAGGGAAACAGAAACAACCGCUAAAGAAUUUGAAGGAAAGAAAAAAUAUUAAAGAUCUUUCAAUUAAGAGUUUGAAGAAAAGCGAAAAAGAGCUGUCAAUUUUUAAAGAGACUGCGGCAGGAAGAAACAUGGAAACUCAUUGCAUUCGUGAGCGGCAAUCCCGGGCUUUGUUGAAGGAUGAUUUCAGAAGACUGAGAGACAUGAUUCCACAAUUAAAUGGAAAUGAAAGGACACCCAAAGUCUCGAUUUUGACAUCGGCAUAUCUGUAUAUAAAAUCAUUGGAAAUUUCGGAGAAAACGCUUCAAAAAUCUAUCGAAAAUUUAAAGGAGAAACAAAACAAUCUGAAAAAAAUAUUGAAAUUAUUGACAAGUCCUGGGAAAAUGAAAAGAGAACCUGAGUGAGGAAGCGAGGAAUCUGUCAUUUACUUAUUAAUGGUGACAUUUUACAAUUAAUACAUGAAUGCAUUCUUUUCUUUAUUGAUAAAUUAUUUUAUUAAUGGCAAAUAGAAAUAAAAAUAUAAAAAAACUAGUGAUGUAUAUAAAUAUGAAUAUUGUAAUAUGUCAGAAGGCUAUAUGAUCAGAUUUUAAUAAAGUACAUGUACUUAAAGCUGA